UAGUCGAGCAAGAGAAGGGCUCUGUGGCACAAUGAUCGGAGGACUGGCUGCUUUGAUUCUUCUAAGUACUGCGUCCCUGAUUCAAACUGCAGAGGUUCCUCACCAGAUCUCUUCGACUGUGGUUGAACUUGGAGAUAAUUUGACUCUGACAUGUUCAUUCACUCAAAAUGAUUUAUGGUUUGUUUACUGGUAUAAGAUAAAGUUUGGAUAUAUGGCUCAAACUAUUGCAUCAGAAACUUUCAACAAAUUAAAACUUCAAGGACAAUUUGACAACUCAAGAUUUGAAGUCACAAAUUUGAACGCUCAGUAUGUUCUUAAUAUCAGAAAUGUAAACAAAGAAGAUGAAGCAACAUACUUCUGUCUAGCAGGAUCGGCAUACAUAAUGAAAUUCAUUAACGCCACACUUUUGGCUGUGAAUGAUCAUAAAAAUGUGCAGAAAUCUGUCCUCGUGAAACAAAGUCCGGAGACGGAGUCGGUCCGGCCGGGCGACUCAGUGACUCUCCAGUGUUCACUUCUCUCCACUGACAAAGAAAACGCAGAUCAGUGUCCAGGUGAACACGAUGUGUACUGGUUCAGAUCUGGAUCAGGAGGAUCACAUCCAAGCUUCAUUUACACUCACAGUGACGAACAAAAGGAAAGAAGUUGUGUCUACAGUCUGUCCACAACUAUACAGAACUCAUCUGAUACUGGGACUUACUACUGUGCUGUGGUCACAUGUGGACAGAUCCUGUUUGGUGAAGGAACUAAAGUGGAGACAAGAUCACAACUGGACACAGUCGUCCUUGUGCUUGGAGUACUGUUGGCCUGCUGUGUGACUCUGAUUACCGUCCUUAUGUUCUACUUAAAUCGAAGGAGAGUUUGUGAACAUUGCAAAGGAGCAACGACUGCCUCCCGUAAUCCAGGAUAUGACAAGUCUACAGUGGAUCAAUCAACUGACCUGGAUGGAGACGGAGAUGCAGUAAACUAUGCUGCACUCAAUUUCUCCACAAGGAAAGCGAAAAGAGUGAAGAAGACGAGAGAGUCACCACCUGAGUGUGUGUACUCUGCUGUAAGAGCAGAAUACCACGACCAGCACCAGUCCUCUCUAUAGGCAGAGCCGGGCCUGCAGGUCAACCGAACCCCAAGUCUCCUCAUCGAGCUUCGCCUUCGCUCAGCUUUGCAUGUUUUUAACAAAUGUCAUGCUUUUAAUUAUUUUCCUCAAUAUUUUGGUUUUAAAAAAGCGCUUCCUAUAGGUCAAGUCCAUCCUGUGACAAAUGU